UAUUAUUAGUUAAUUUAUUAUUGUUAUUAUUAUUUUGGGAGGUUCGUCCCAUCGUACGAAAGCAGCGUGAGAAUGGAAAAGGCCGAAGUUUCCAUAAAAAUUCUGAGCUUAGUUCACUGUCGAGUGCUUUCUGUUCUAUCUUCCUCAUAAACCCUAAUCAACCAUUGCCAAGUUCUUAUUAUUCUUCUGGGCAUUUUCACCUGCCCUCAUUAUUUUUGCCCUUAAUUUAUCUCCUCGUAGUGCAGCAAUUGCCCGAGUCCUUGCAAUUCCUGGCCAAUUUCUUUCCUUCUCUUCGUCCAGUUUUUAAAGUGUCAAAGCUCCCAGUUUCUCCACCUGAAACUAGUAGUUAAAAAUGAUCGGAGUUGUGGCUGCUUACUCUAUACUAUUUGAUAUGCACAUGGAGAAUUUAUCGUCUACUGAGCCAUCGCAUCAGGCAAUUUAUGAAAAUAGUGAUUCAAAGCAAUCACAGGAUGGGUUGGAGGAUGGCUCUCGAUGGUAUUUUUCUAGGAAGGAAUUAGAAGAGUAUUCACCUUCUAGACAAGAUGGGAUUGACUUGAAAAAGGAGACAUAUUUACGGAAAUCAUAUUGUACAUUUCUCCAAGAUUUGGGAAUGAGACUUAAAGUGAUUGACGGUAUUGACAAUGUUAACCCAAAUUUAAGGGAGAUAUUACUACCAGUUUGCUUUUCUUUGUCUCUAGCUACGAUCUACUAUUCUAUUAUCUCAAAUUAUUAUUCAAUCCAUUGUGAUCUUUGUAUCUAUUAUGCAGUUAAUUAUUUAAGCUAUUAUGCAGUCCAUUGUGAUGUUUUGUAUUUAUUAUGCAGCCCCCAGGUAACCAUCGCUACAGCAAUAAUUUUUUGCCAUAGGUUCUUCCUUCGGCAGUCUCAUGCAAAGAAUGACCGAAGGACAAUUGCGACAGUGUGUAUGUUUCUCGCAGGAAAGGUUGAAGAAACCCCUCGCCCAUUGAAGGAUGUUAUUAUGGUUUCAUACGAAAUCAUCAACAAAAAAGAUCCUACUGCAGCCCAGAAAAUCAGGCAAAAGGAGGUGUAUGAACGGCAAAAAGAGUUAAUUUUACUUGGGGAGAGGGUUGUUCUGGCAACUCUUGGUUUUGAUCUUAAUGUGCACCACCCCUACAAACCCCUUGUUGAGGCAAUUAAAAAAUUCAAAGUUGCUCAAAAUGCCUUGGCUCAAGUAGCUUGGAAUUUCGUCAAUGAUGGAUUGCGGACAUCUCUUUGCUUGCAAUUUAAGCCUCACCAUAUUGCGGCCGGUGCCGUUUUCCUUGCUGCCAAAUUUCUCAAAGUUAAACUCCCAUCAGAUGGGGAAAAGGUGUGGUGGCAAGAGUUUGAUGUCACCCCACGGCAACUGGAGGAAGUCAGCAAUCAAAUGUUAGAACUUUAUGAACAAAAUCGACUGCCACCUUCUGGUGAAGCUGAUGGAAACAUUGGAAGUGGUCCCACUAAUCUACCCACAACAAAAGCCCCUACUAACAGUGAGGAACAGGCUGUAACGGACAAUCGUGCACUUGGUGUAGGUAUUGCUACUUCAAGACUCGGAACCUCAAAAGCUGGUUCAUCUAGGCCAGCAUCUGAACACUCAUUUGCAGGUGAUCAGCCAUCGAGAGCAAUGCAGAAUCAUAGUGUUGAAAGUUCAAAUGUAAAUUUUAGAAGUCCUUCCAAUCACAAAACGGGUAGUGAAUCUAGGGUUCGACAGGAGAUGGAGCCAUCGGCUUUCCACGACAAGGGAAAGGCUCAAAACUCGACAAGGCUGAUGUCAGAGGGAUUGGAUGAGCAAGACCGUAGUAUUGGAAGUUCAAAUGUAGAUUUUGGAAACGAUAUGAAAAUAAAUGAAACGAGGGAUGCAAUGGAACUGAAAGACAAACAUGUAAUACGAAAUAUAGAGUUUAGAGAAGGUACAUUUGGCAAACCUCAGGAAGCUAUCAAGAUUGACAAGGAUAAAGUAAAGGCUGCGCUUGAGAAACGAAGGAAAUCUCUUGGUAGUAUGACCCAGAAAAAAGAAUUGGUGGAUGAGGAUGACCUCAUUGAAAGGGAGUUGGAAGCUGGGGUUGAAAUGGCUGCUGGCAGUGAGAAAAACAAGCGAGAACAGAGGCAAAGUUGGAAUAAGUCAUCGAAUGAACAGGAACCCGAGGAUUCGUAUCAAGAUAAACAUCGAGAGGAUGAUAGAGAUGAGCAUCCUCAACGAAUGCGGCAACAACCAUUGUAUAAUAUAGAUUCUAGCAACAUGGAAGAAGGUGAGUUUGCAGAUGCUAAUGAAGUUGGUUAUGGGUAUCAGGAGUCCCCGAAAUCGAACAACAGUCGGAAGAGAGGCAGGGAGCUCACAGGCUAGACUUUUGAAGAGAAAGCGAAGGCAAGGUGUGUCGUGUCGUGUUGGUGCAGGUGCUCAAACAGGAGUGACCACGAGAAUCAUAUACCGGAGAAUAAAUGCUUGACAAGCUCACCAGAGUUUUAUUCAGAAUGUUUUAGGUAUUAGUCUUUCCUAGAAUCACUCAUUGUCCAAGAUUUGACGUAGCUGUUCACGUGAGAAAUUCAGAUUUAAAGGCUACGCUCUCCACGGGUCCUCUUAGAGCCUGAUGUUUGUAUGGCAGCUUCUGCUAUGCUUUCCAUGUAAUUCACAACUUUAACAAAGCAACGAUUUUGAAUUACUCUAUGGAGGAGGGUCUCUUUGACAA